AUGAAGCUAACUUUUCGUAUCUUUGCGGUGCUGCUCGUCGCCAUCAUCGUCAUCAACAUAGCAAACACAAAACCGGUCAAAACGGAUACUCAGCAUGAUAACGAAGUUAUCACUCUCGAGAAGCGUGCACCCAAUUACCUUGAGGCAUUGGUGAUCGCUCUCAUCUUCCUCAUAAGCAAAUUGCCUUUUCCCAAGAAUAAGGAAGACGAAUUGUACGAGAACAAUUUCGGGGUGCCUCCUGAUUGUGGCUAUCGUCCGUACGAUUCGUUCCCCUUGUCGAACACGCCAUGUCCUCGGAUCCUUUCAGGGAAGCUAAAGCCUACGAGGUCCUUCAACAGCAAAGACGAUGCCCCAUCAAGCGACUCCGAAUCCUCUGAGCCCUCAAGCCCCGUUGGCCUCCACCAAGCGAAUUUGUCGAGCGCCUCAGAGCCCUUUGAGCCCUCCAGCCGCGUUGGCCCUCACCAGGCGGGCUCGUCGAGCGCCUCAGAUCGGUUCAACCUAAAUGAGCUCUCUGAAUGUAUGGUAAAAAACCUGAGCGACAAGGGUUCGAUACUCGCAGAGAAGGUCAAGCAGGUGUGCAGAGACCCGAACAUCCUGAAAGCUCUGCUCGACCGAUAUUAUGAUGACCCUUCAAUCACGAUUGAGGAGGCUAAAGAAGCCUCCAAGGCCAGUCCCGACGUGGGUGAUGUCUUGCAAGAAAGCGAUCCCAGCAUUCGACAAGCAUUCGAAAACUGUAUCGAACAGCAGAAACGUGGAACAACUGCCAAAAAGCUGUUCUAA